AUGAGCUUUAUCCAUGGAGAUGGGCUUGAUGAUGUGAUUAUUACUGGUGAGAAUGGAACGAUUGAUGGCCAAGGUGAUGUGUGGUGGAACAUGUGGAGACUAGGAACCCUCCAAUUCACUAGACCAAAUCUUGUGGAGCUCAUGAACUCUAGAAGAAUAAUCAUCUCAAAUGUAAUUUUCAAGGACUCACCCUUUUGGAACAUCCACCCUGUGUAUUGCAGCAAUGUUGUUAUCAGAAAUGUCACCAUAUUGGCUCCAUCUGACUCUCCCAACACGGAUGGAAUUGAUCCUGAUUCAAGCUCUUAUGUGUGCAUUGAGGACUCGUACAUUUCUACGGGAGAUGACCUUGUGGCCGUGAAGAGUGGGUGGGAUGAGUAUGGGAUUGCUUAUGGUCGCCCUAGCUCUGACAUCACCAUCCGACGGGUAACAGGAUCAUCCCCAUUUGCUGGUAUUGCAGUUGGGAGUGAAACCUCUGGUGGUGUGGAGAAUGUAUUGGUUGAGAACAUAAACCUUUACAACACGGGAAUUGGCAUCCAUUUGAAGACAAACAUGGGCAGGGGAGGGGUCAUAAACAACAUUACUCUGUCUGAUGUUUAUAUGGAAAAUGUGCGGAAAGGAAUAAAGAUUGCGGGUGAUGUCGGGGACCAUCCUGAUGGCAAGUUCAACCCAAAUGCUCUCCCAGUUGUGAAGGAUGUUACAAUUAAAAAUGUAUGGGGUGAAAAGGUUCUGCAGCCAGGCUCCAUACGGGGCCUGAGGAAUGCACCUUUUACUGGAAUAUGUCUAUCUAACAUCAGUCUUAAUGGUGCCAAUGGACCUAGAAAUCUCCCUUGGCAGUGUUCAGACGUAAGCGGGGCUGCUGUUCAAGUCAGCCCGUGGCCAUGUUCAGAACUGACCAGCACCCAUCAGACUGGUGCAUGCUCUAGUUCCUUUUGA